GCAAUGUGCAUAACAUAACAUUAUCCCAAUUCCAAGUCGCUGAAGCGGAUAGAAUAGAUAGUGAAGAGGAGCAUACGGCAUUAAGCGAGGUAAGCAUGGCUCUGGUGUGUGGUUCCGCGUCGGUGACGUUCCCUUCAUCUUCUUUCCCACGUCACAGCCACAGGAAUACCUCUUCCUCAUUGGUUGGGUUACAAUUUCCAUUGCACAAGCUGGUAUCCUUAUCAUUAUCUCCCUCUUCUUCUUCUUCCAACACCAAUGCAAGGAUCCUCCGUAUCCAUUCUCAGCAGCAAGAUUCUUCCCUCGUUCCUCCAGAACAAGAUCCACGCUUCCUCUGCGUCGAACCCGAACCCCGAUUCAAAGGCCCGGACAUUUGGAACAAGACCUGGUAUCCAAAAGCUGCCGAUCAUGUUAAUACGGAGAAAACAUGGUAUGUUGUUGAUGCUACAGACAAAGUUCUUGGCAGACUGGCAUCAACGAUUGCUAUUCAUAUCCGAGGGAAAAAUCUAGAAACCUAUACUCCCAGCGUGGACAUGGGUGCAUUUGUAAUUGUGGUGAAUGCUGAAAAGGUUGCUGUAUCUGGGAGAAAGAGAACCCAAAAGCUUUACAGGAGGCACUCUGGUAGACCUGGUGGUAUGAAAGUAGAGACAUUUGCUCAACUGCAGAACAGAAUUCCUGAAAGAAUUAUCGAACAUGCUGUUCGUGGCAUGCUUCCGAAGGGGAGGCUUGGGAGGAGGCUAUUCACCCACCUGAAGGUUUAUGAGGGCCCAGAUCAUCCUCAUGCUGCACAGAAGCCCAUCGAACUGCCAAUUCAGGAUAAGAGAAUAUAUUUACAGAGAUAAAGAGAAAGAAAUGCAUUUAUAAGAGUUUAUUUCGUAGAUCGUUGAGUUACUGGCCUCAUGUCUUUCAUUUAAUGUUUAUAUUGUCUGUAGAUGUAUUCGAUUAUGGUGUUGUUUUUGCUAAAGGUCCGUGGUUUGACUCAGAGAGAUAUGUAAUUUGUGUUUUUCUAAUUUGAUUCCAGUUAAUGGCAACGUAUUACAUUUUUUA